AUGGGUGCCGCAUCUGCCGUUCUCGUCGUGCUCAUCACCAUUCUGUUCCCCCCCUUGGGCGUCUGGGCCGUGGCAGGGUGCGGCAUGGAUCUGUUCAUCAACAUUUGCUUGACUGUCCUGGGCUACAUCCCGGGCCAUAUACACGCGUUCUACAUCGAGUACAUCUACUACGACCGCCGGGAGCAGGCUCGUCAGGGACAGUAUGCGGCAAAGCGAGCCCCCGGGGUGUACUCGGAGAACGUGCAAUCCGGCGGCCAGGGCUACGGCACCAUCGCCCAGCCGACUCGCUAG